AUGGAGCUGAACACGGAACUGCCCACGGAGCCGCUCGCGGUGUGGGAUAACCGCACAGCAUGGGAUGCCCUGCCCGGAACCAGCGGCAAUGAGACGGGACCGCCGAGAACCAAAAACGCCACUUCCAUCCUGAUCGCCAUCGUCAUCACCGCGCUGUACUCGGUGGUGUGCGUGGUGGGGCUGCUGGGCAACGUGUUGGUGAUGUACGGCAUCGUGCGGUACACCAAGAUGAAGACAGCCACCAACAUCUACAUCUUCAACCUGGCGCUGGCCGACGCGUUGGCCACCAGCACGCUGCCCUUCCAGAGCGCCAAGUACCUGAUGGAGACCUGGCCUUUUGGGGAGCUGCUCUGCAAGCUCGUGCUCUCCAUCGACUACUACAACAUGUUCACCAGCAUCUUCACCCUCACCAUGAUGAGUGUGGACCGAUACGUGGCCGUGUGUCACCCGGUCAAGGCGCUGGAUUUCCGCACACCAGCCAAAGCCAAGGUCAUCAACGUCUGCAUCUGGGUGCUCUCCUCUGUCAUUGGGGUGCCCAUCAUGGUCAUGGCAGUCACCAAGUCAAAAGCAGAUGGAACAGUGCUGUGCACGCUGCAGUUCCCCGACCCUCCCAUCUACUGGGACACGGUGACCAAGAUCUGCGUCUUCAUCUUCGCCUUCAUGGUGCCCAUCCUGGUCAUCACCAUCUGCUAUGGGCUGAUGAUCCUGCGCCUGAAGAGCGUCCGUCUGCUCUCAGGCUCCAAGGAGAAGGACCGCAACCUGCGGCGCAUCACCCGCAUGGUGCUGGUGGUGGUGGCAGCCUUCAUCAUCUGCUGGACGCCCAUCCACAUCUUCGUCAUCGUCUGGACGCUGGUGGACAUCGACAAGAAGAACCCCUACGUGGUGGCCAGCCUGCACUUCUGCAUCGCGCUGGGUUACACCAACAGCAGCCUCAACCCCGUCCUCUACGCUUUCCUGGAUGAAAACUUCAAGAGGUGUUUCCGCGAGUUCUGCCUGCCCUUCCGAGCUCGUGUGGAGCAGAACAGCUUCUCCAGAGCUCGGAACACCACGCGGGAGCGCGUCUCCACCUGCGCCCCGUCGGACGGCCGCGGCCAGCCGGCAUGA